AUGAGAAGCCGCAGCACGCUCACAGACAGUCACCGGGCACGCGCGACAACACUAUAUAAUGAAUCUGAAACAGAAAGCAGAACACUGAUCACUGCGGGCGAGACGACACGAGAGAGGGACGACGCGAGGCUCGCGCACGCGCGGGCCGAGAGCCGCGCCGCCGCCGCCGCCGCCGCCGCGCCUGCAACAGCGAGCACAGCCGGGGCGUUAGACUGCUGCACUGAGACUCACUCGCCGCGCUCACCCUACUCACCGCUAGUAGCGCACACCGAGCCGCCCACGCCCACUCCACCCACUCCCACGCCCACGCUCACACCGCCAACACUAGCCAGGCCUACACCCACGCCGGACAUCGUGCCGUCACCACCCUGCAAC